CCCAUGCUGCUCCCUUUGCCCUUUUCUUUCGGGAAAAAAGGGAAAAAAAAUACUCCAUUCAUCUACUGACACAUGGGCCCACAUCCCCACAACUAAACUGUCAGUGGCUCAGUGCCACCCGUAGUGUACUGCCACUCCGCGACAACCCGCACGGCGUCGAACUGGUUAUCCUCACCGGCGGAGCAGCGCAGCGGCGAGUGGCCCCACCCUUCUCCCGCUGCCACUGCCACUGGGCCCCACCGCCCGGAAGAUCCGGUCACCACCGCAGAGCGCUAGUCUCCACCGCUAUUAUUACCCCCUACCGCUUGGUUACAAAUCACACUCGUGGUUGUCUCGUGUAGUGGAGGUGGAGUACAUCUAAAAUCCCUCGUCUUGUCGCUGCUAAGCUUGCCGCCGAUGGAGCCGUCGCGGCGGCUGCUGCUGUCCGACUACGACGGCGCGAUCGUGUCGCCGCUGCCGUCGCCGCCGCCGUCGUCGGCCACGCCGUUCAGGCCGGGCGUCGCGGUGGUCGUGGGCAUCCUGACGAGCGUGUUCUCCAUCACGUUCCUGCUGCUGCUGUACGCGAAGCACUGCAAGCGGAACGCCGCGGAGUCGUCGGGCCCGUACGGGAGCGGCGGCGCGUUCGGGUCGUCCGGUGGGGGCGGGGCGGGCGAGCGGCGGAACUCCGGCGUCGACCGCGCCGUGGUGGAGUCGCUGCCGGUGUUCCGGUUCGGCGCGCUCCGUGGGCAGAAGGCUGGGCUCGAGUGCGCGGUGUGCCUCGGCCGGUUCGAGCCGACGGAGGCGCUCCGGCUGCUGCCGAAAUGCCGCCAUGGGUUCCACGUCGAGUGCGUGGAUACGUGGCUGGACGCGCACUCGACGUGCCCGCUGUGCCGCUCCCGCGUCGACCCCGAGGACGUCCUGCUCCUCCCGGAGCCGCCAAAGCCGUCCACCACGGGGCCCCCUGAUCCGCCGGAGACGAAGGUGGCGGCGGCGGCGGCGGCUGCUACGGCCAAGGACAAGGAGGCGAGCUUAGCUCCUGCUGCUCCUGCUCCGUCUCCAGCGUUUAGAGGCUUCUUCUCCGGCCGGCACUCGACGGGGUCGGUACGGGCGCCAGGGAGGGUUGGCCCUGCCUCACGCCGGUCGGCCGAUCUCGUCGGAGGCGACGGCGGUGCGGUGGUGGGAUGCUUCGAGGCCGCCAAGGUUCGCAAGGACAGGGUGCUGUUGAUGGAGCCGGCGGCCGCGGUGGCGGAGCCUGACCCGGAAGCCUACGACCGGCGGUUCGGGCACCGCAUCCUGGUGAGCACCGCCGGUGGCUGCGAGGACGAGACGGCACCGGCGGCGAAGCAGCGGUGGAGCGAGGUGCGACCAUCCGAUCUGAUGUUCGUCCGGUCGGAGAUGCUGGUGACGGAGGCCGGCCGGUACUCCUGCUCCGCCGCCGUCCACUCCGGCAACGGCAGGAGCGUAAUCAGCGCGAGGAGCCUAUCGGAGCUCGCCGGCGUGAGCCGGCUCCCUCCCAUCCGCGCCAGCGGCGAGCCACGAGCCGGCGCGCGUCGGUGGCCGGGCUCGAGCUGGUGGGCCCGGGGCCCGCCCGCCCUUAACGGCCCUAGCACCUAGGCCGCUGUUCCGCGGGGCCCACUUCGCAGCCCGGAAAAAGGCUCCCAAUUUUUUCUCUCCCCAUACUGCCCCCGCCACUUCCACGUAAACCACGGCACCCUAUGCCCGAACCCGUGGCUCACGUGAUGGGCACCAUGGUAAUUACACGCAGCUGGGGCACAAGACUGCAAGAUGAGUCCAUGCCAUGCCCGCCUCGGGAGCCGCGCCGCUAGAGAGAGAUAAGAUGGUGGUGGUGAUGGUAUGUUGCUUUCCGCGGGGAUCUCGAGGCAAAGGUGCUGGUUUCUUCCUGAAUUCGGGCGGCCUGGAUCGAUCGGCUACGGCCCGCAUAUGGCGCCGGCGAAGGCGUCGUAGCCCAAUGCGCCGUGGAUCUUCUGCGGCGCCGUGCGCUGACAAGGGCUUUUGGCGCGUCGCGUCGGCCGGGUCGGGGGACGAGGGAACCAGGCAACCAGCCCAUGCUACACAAGAGAGAAAAAGAAAAAAAAAGCUGGUCGUAUGCGUGUAAAAUUCUUGUCUGUGUAAGAGGAAAAGCGCUGCAACUUUUUGGUGUAACCUGUUGCAAAGCAUCUCCCGGGCAAUGGCUCAGUUAGUAAAGCAGCUAAAGCCCAUCUCGCAUUUCUCAUCUA